GACGCAUGCGCAGAAGUGCACCGCUGCCUCUGCUUCAGCACCGGAGCCCGGACAGCGGCGCCGCCCACGGGCAUGGACGAUGGUAGCAGCCCCAGCUGCUGCAGCGACAGUCUCCUUGCCAGUUUCUGAACCGGCGGUGAGCAGCGGCCUGCGGGGAAUACAGUAGCCCCAGAAGGCAGCUGCCGGGACAAGUAAGAAGAACCCCUCCGUAGAUCCUGCUGGAAGAUCUUCUCAGCACGCCUGCAUCAGGUCCUAGACCAGAGCCAUGGCUCCCGAAGCAAGUCCAGAGAGAAGCUGCUCCCUCCACACCUGUCCCCUUGAAGAUCCGACAGGUGCUUCUGUACCAGAGCCAACAGUUUCCACCCUCCAGGCUGCAGACCCAACCAGUCCGUUAACAGCCGGCCAUUUUGCCUUUCCUCGAGCACCUCAAGACUAUCAAGAAGGCAGUUCGUUACUAGGAUUGGGAGACCAAGCAUCUUUAUGUGGCCAUGUCUCCAACCUCAGCACUUCCAUAGACCCCUCACAGCAUGAUGGGGUCUGGAAGCCACCUUCUGCACAGCACCAUGUGGUCAGUGUCAGGCAAGAACGUACUUUCCGGAUGCCAAAGAGCUAUUCCCAGCUGAUUGCUGAGUGGCCAGUGGCUGUGCUGCUGCUGUGUUUGGCCUUCAUCUUCCUCUGUACCUUAGCUGGGCUGUUGGGAAGCCCUCCACUUGACUUUUCUGAGCCUUUACUGGGUUUUGAGCCUCGAGACACAGAGAUCGCCAGAAAGCUAGAAGUCUGGAAAGCAAUGCAGGCCCUCACUGGCCCCAAGAAUCUGUUCUCUCUUUCCCCAGACCCUGAGAUGAACAGCUCAAACCUCCUCAGCACUCUGAGCCCUGCAGCCUGGGGAAGGGCCGAGGAGAGUGUGGUCCGGACCAAGAGGAUGGUGGAGCCCGUGAAAGACAAAGAAGAGGAGAACUUCUUUUGUGGUCCUCCUGAGAAGAGCCAUGCAAAGCUGGUGUUUGUGUCCACCUCUGGAGGAAGCCUGUGGAACCUUCAAGCCCUCCAUUCCAUGUGUCGUAUAGAACAGGAACAGAUCCGCUCUCAUAUCAGCUUUGGGGCUUUGUGCCAGCGAUCAGCAGCCAAUGAGUGCUGCCCCAGCUGGUCCCUGGGCAACUAUCUGGCUGUGCUGAACAACCGAUCCUCCUGCCAAGAUACGACCCAAGCUGAUGCAGACCGCACACUGGCCCUGCUUCGGUUCUGUGCCACCUACUACCAUCGUGGUGUCCUGGUGCCUGCUUGUGUGGGACCUGGGCAGGAUAAGCCCCUGUAUUGUGCCCAAGUCCCCACCAAGUGUACCUGGAGCAGUGCAAUCUAUCAACUCCUGCACUUUCUGCUAGACAGAGACUUUCUGAGUCCCCAGACUGCGGAUUACCAGGUGCCCUCCCUCAAGUUCAGCCUUCUCUUCCUGCCCGUGAUAAAGACUUCCUCCCUGCUAGAUAUCUACCUGGAUGGCCUCGUUGACCCAAUUAAGGUCACUGACAACUAUACAUCUAUCAGUGGCAUGGACUUGGGCCUCAAGCCUAGCCUGCUCAAGUACUAUCUGGCCGAAGAUACCAUGUACCCCUUGCUAGCCCUGGUUGUCAUCUUCUUUGGCAUGUCCUUCUACGUGCGUUCACUCUUCAUCACAUUCAUGUCACUCCUGGGAGUGCUGGGCUCCCUAAUGGUGGCCUUCUUUCUUUACCAUGUUGUAUUCCGCAUGGCCUACUUCCCCUUUGUCAAUCUAGCAUCCCUCCUCCUGCUUACUGGCAGCUGUGUCAAUUACACUCUCAUCUUCUUCGACCUGUGGCGCCUCAGCAGGGGCCAGGUGCCCUCCGGCGGCCUAGCGCAUCGGGUGGCCUGCACCAUGCACCAUUUUGGCUACCUGCUUCUGGUCUCAGGCCUCACAACCAGCGUGGCCUUCUACGGCAGCUACCUGAGCCGCCUGCCCACAGUACGUUGCUUCGCUCUUUUCAUGGGCACCGCUGUGCUAGUGCACAUGGGGCUCACACUAUUCUGGCUUCCUGCCACGGUGGUGCUCCAGGAGCACUACCUGGCACGAGGCUGUGGGUCCCAAGCGCAGGGCCAGAGGGGCACCGACCCCUUGCGGCUGUUGCUGGCGUUGCACAGACGGAUGCGCAUUUUUCGCAGGAUUUUUUCCAUCCUUUCGCGCCUGCUCUUCCAGCGCCUGCUCCCCUGUGGUGUCAUUAAAUUUCGAUACAUCUGGGUCUGCUGGUUCGCGGCGUUGGCGGCAGGGGGCGCCUACAUCGGCGGCGUCAGCCCUCGCCUGCGACUGCCCAUUCUACUACCACUUGGCGGCCAGGUCUUCCGGUCUAGCCAUCCCUUUGAGCGUUUUGAUGCUGAAUACCGCCAGCAGUUCCUGUUCGAAGAUCUGCCUCCAAACGAGGGCGGCAACUUGCCAGUGGUUCUGGUGUGGGGAGUCCUGCCAGUGGACACUAGUGAUCCUCUGGACCCUCGCAGCAACAGCUCAGUAGUAAGCGAUCCUGACUUCGCACCCAGCAGCCCUGAGGCCCAGGAGUGGCUCCUGGCUCUCUGCCAUGGAGCCCGGAAUCAGAGUUUCUUUGGAGACCAGCCAGAGGGUUGGCCUACACUGUGUUUAGUGGAAACCCUCCAGCAGUGGAUGGAAAGCCCUAGCUGCGGCCGCCUGGGUUCCGAUAUAUGCUGUGGCCAGUCAGACUUCCCCUGGGCGCCCCAGCUUUACCUGCACUGCCUCAAGAUGAUGGCUCUGGAGCAAAGUCCUGAUGGCACCCGGGACCUGGGACUCCGCUUCGAUGCUCAUGGCAACCUAGCAGCUCUAGUUCUGAAGUUCCAGACCAACUUACCAUACAGUACAGAAUACGGCCCGGUCCACCACUUCCACACUGAGGUCAGCCACUGGUUGUCAACAGAACUGGGCAAGGCCCCUCCGGGCCUCAAUCAGGGUUGGUUCACCAGCACCUUGGAGCUGUACAGCUUGCAAUAUAGCCUAAGCACGGAGCCUGCUGUGGUGCUUGGUCUGGCUCUGGCGCUGGCCUUUGCCACCCUGCUGCUGGGCACCUGGAAUGUUCCACUCAGCCUGUUCUCUGUGGCAGCUGUGGCUGGCACUGUGCUGCUCACAGUGGGCUUGCUCGUUCUGCUGGAGUGGCAACUCAACACAGCCGAGUGCCUCUUUCUCUCUGCCUCCGUGGGCCUCUCUGUAGACUUAACCGUCAACUACUGCAUCUCCUAUCACUUGUGCCCACACCCUGACCGCCUGAGCCGUGUGGCCUUCUCCUUGCGUCAGACCAGCCGCUCCAUAGCAAUGGGGACUGGAGUGCUCUUUGCCUCCGGGGUGCUCAUGCUGCCUUCCACCAUACUGCUGUACCGGAAGCUGGGCAUCAUUGUCAUGAUGGUCAAGUUUGUUGGCUGUGGCUUUGCCAGCUUCUUCUUCCAGUCCUUGUGCUGUUUCUUCGGGCCAGAGAAGAACUGUGGGCAGAUCCUCUGGCCCUGUGCCCACCUGCCAUGGGAUACGGGGGCCGAGGAGCAUGAUGAGAAGGGACGAACCGGGCCACCGGGGUUCUCUGAGCACUAUGAGUUGCAGCCCCUGGCCCGGCGCCGGAGCCCCAGCUUCGACACCAGCACAGCCACCAGUAAGUUGUCCCACCGGCCUUCCAUACUCUCUGAAGAUCUGCAGCUUCAUGAUGGCAGCUGCUGCCACGCCCACACACCCGCCCCUCCCUCCCCAAGGGAUCUGCUUCUGGACCACCAGACAGUCUUCAGCCAGUGCCCAGCGCUGCAGACUUCCUCUCCUUAUAAACAAGCGGGCCCCACCCCCCAAACCUGGAUCAGGCAGGACUCCCAGGGACAGAAAGCUGAGCCUUUGCAGGCCCUGCCAGAAGCCCCUGCCCACUGCCCCAAGCCCAAAGUCGAAGAGCUCCCCGAUGGCCUAUGCUCUUCAGCCAGCACUCUGGAGGGACUCAGCGUCUCUGAUGAUACCUGCACUUCCGAGCCCAGUGUCCGUGUGCCAGAUUCUGUGGGCACCUCCCCAGAAGCCAUGAAUGGCACUGGACACCCCAUACUUGAGCGGGGCCAGCUGAAUGGGAAGCGUGACACUCUAUGGCUGGCACUGAAGGAGACCAUCUACGACCCAAACCUGCCCAACUCUCAUCAGACCAGCUUAUCCUGGAAGGGCCGUGGGGGGCCAGGUGAUAUCAGCCCCGUGGUACUUCCCAACAGUCAGCCAGGUCUUCCCGAUGUUUGGCUCCGUAGGCCCAGCACCUAUACCUCUGGCUACAGCAGCUGAGAAAGCCCAAGGAAGGCCAGACCAGGGUCCAGAGCCCUGUUGGUGAAAACAAAGCAGAGGCCAUACUAGCCUAGAGCCUGAAGGUAUUUCUCCAUAUCGACAUGAUGUCUCACCUUCCAACUAUGGAUUCUAAACCCUGGCAGAUGAUCCAGCCUUGAUCUCUUUGCUACAUAACUCCUACAUCUGGAGGAUUCAGUGGGAGGGCCUUGCAAGAUAAUACCAGGCUCUCCCUGGGAUGAGCUGAGGCCUCAUCUGCCCCCACAGUGCCAACAAGGACCCCUCCCCUGGAAAGAGAGGCCAGAUGUACAGCUCCAGGUAUCAUGGGAGGCUAAUCAUUUUUCUCCCAGGUGGCAAGAAGUUCAUCUUUGGGAUCUUGUCGGGGUACCUUACUGACUAGAAAAGCCCUUAAGAACCUCCACAGCCUGCUGAAUCUCACCCCUCUCAUCAGCUCUUAAUCAGGACACUUCACUUUGGGGGCGCUUUGCUGGACCAGAAUUGAACCCCAGGCCUCUGCCCUAUUCUACUCACAGUCGCCAGUGUGACUAGACGCUCUCCAAAAAGCAGGGCAGAGAGAGAGGUGAAGGCUGGCUCUGGAGUCUGUAAAUCCUGGGACUCCCUCGCCAGAAGCAGGUUCUAGAAUGCUCCCUGAUGAUGAACAAUAGUCAUCCUUCCCCAUUGCCACGCAUGUCAGCCUCCUCGGACUCUUGCAACUCCACCAGAGCGGCCUGCAGUUGGCCAAGGCACUAAGGCAGGUUGAUUGAUUUACCCAAAGUCUGUCACUGGCUCCAUCUGCCACCGUAGCUGCCGGUCCCCUCCUAACUGCCUGCUCCAGGGCCAUUGGUCCCUGGCUGUCUUUAUCCUUUGCUUCUGGCACUUACCUAUUCUCCCUUCCUGAGUGUCUCUCUGUAACUCCUCCUUCCCCAGAGUCCCUCCUGCCCUCUGCACUUCCCUCUCUGAAAUCCUCUGGGAUGCCUACUCGAAAUGGAGCCCGACCUGUAUCUUAGGCGUCAAGGGCAUGCCUCUUCUGUGGCUAAAGAGUGUAAAGAGGCUUUGCCAGAUGAGGUACUGAGGGACAGAAGAAUGUGAGCAGACUCUAGUUAAGACAGGAACACAGACUUGUUCUUAUAGGGGGAGUUCAUGAACCUGAAGUUUCUCUAGGUCCCCGGUUUCUAAAGACUGGGUCUAUCUAGGGUGUUAAGGAGACUGAAAGACCAAAGCCUGGCAGAUCCAUAAGAGAUGGCAUGAAGACCACCAAUCUAGGCCACUUUACAUGUGUAACAGAGGUGUGAGAAGAAUUUUCCAGCACCAAACAACCUGUGGUGAAGCUAGAGGCAAGCCAGAGGGCAUCUUUGUUUUAUUUUGUUGUGUUCCUGUGUUGCUGAGAUCUACCUCCCGCCCCAAGUAGCCCAGGACAAGUGGAGCAGAAACUCAACUGAAAACAUAAGACUGUGGAAGAGACAGAAGACAGUUGUCCCUCAGUAUCCAUGGAGAGCUGGUUCCAGCACCCUGCCCCCAGGGUACCAAAAUCUGAGGCUGCUGAAGCCCCUUGUGUAGAAUGGUGUAGUAUCUGCAUAUAAUGAUGCAUAUUCUCCUAUACACUUCCAGUCGUCUCUGGAGUACUUAUAAUGCCUAAUACGAUGUAAACGCUGUCAGUCCUUAUACUGUGCUGCUGUAAUAAUGACGAGAAAAAACAUGUGCGUGUUGAGCUUUUGUUUCUUC